CCAACUACUUCUAAAAUUAACGCGCUAUUGAAUUCUUAAAAAUUUAAACUAAUUAUUCAACAUAUAUUGUGUUAAACGCAUUUGUAAAUUGAAAAAAGAAGUUAGCAAACUCGGUAACGCUCGUUAUCGUUCAAUACCUUCUCUAAUUUCUCAAUCGGCAAUACUGUUUAUGUGUAACCCGAUAGUACGAUGUUAAAAACUUGUCCGGAUCCGAUAGAUGUGCAGGACAUCAAUUUCAAACUGCAUUGCAGUUUGGAAGUAUUUAAAAAUAACGAUCUUGGUACAUUUGCUGUUAAUCAAAGCCUAAUAUCUUGUGCCAGUCGAUAUGGUUUGCUAUUCGUUGGAACCAACUUAAGUGUUUUAAAAGUUAUUCAGUUAAAAUGUGUGGAAAAUUUCACACCGAAAGACAAAGUUAUAUCGCAGUUUCCAAGAAGGAAUGUCCCUCUACCUUCUCCAUCGAAACAUGUUUGCGUUAAUUGCGAUAAUACGUUGCUAGCUGUUGUGAUCGAGAAAGAUAGUUGUCCCAUUGUAUUGUUUUAUGAAGUGCUGUCUUUUUACAAGAAAAAUAUUAAUGUUAUUAACGAAGUAAGACUCUCGUCGACUCCUGGAGUACAUGUGACUGAAAUUAAUUGGAAUCCCGCUGUGCCUAAUAUUUUUACAGCUUCUAAAAGUGACGGAAGCCUCGGCAAUUACGAACUCAAAGGUAACUCGGUGGAUAUAAAUGAAAUUCCUGCAGCAGCGGAAUGUUCAAGUUUCUGCUGGAGCCCCAAAGGAAAACAAAUCGCCGUAGGAUCCAAAAAUGGCAAUAUCACUCAAUAUAAACCCGAUUUGAAGGCAGUUAAAGUCAUACAGGGUCCUAAACUUGAGUCGCCGCAUUCGCUCAUUUCCCUCUGCUGGAUAUCAAACUAUCAGUUUAUUGGAGUUUAUCAAGCUCUACAAGAAGAUGGGCAAGCUAAGCUUAUAGUUAUCGAUGCUCCAAAAACCGGUGAACCCGUUUAUACUAAUUACGAAGAUGUUUGCUACAGUGGUACGAGUAGAAAACCACAAUUUUACUUUACUUUAUUACAAAAUUGGAACAUGCUUAUGGUAGCAUCUUCAAACAGCAUGGAAUUGGGUUUGUUAGGAUCCGUUUCUGAUGUUUGGACCCAAUGGAUCGUUCCCGAUUUUGCUCGAGCCGAGCUCCCUUUAAGUCCUGACAAACAGGAUACUCUUCCAAUUGGUAUGGCCCUUGAUGUGAGCAAUACUCAGCCAUUACCAUGGCAGGAGGGUUUUCUAAGUCCAUGUCCAUAUAUUUUACUGUUAUCUCACGUGGGAGUUUUGUACUUUUUCAACAUUGUUAACUUAAAGGCUGGCAUUCCGUCUAUUUGUUGUCCUCCUGAUAAUAUUACAGACAUGAGCGGAAUGGAUCAGUUUGUUUUUGAUACAAUCGAAACGGUGCCAAAAAGUGUACCUCAAGCUUCGUCAUUCUCUUUUGGGGCCAUAGAACCACAAAAACCAUCAAUACAGCCGGCCAAUCCGCAAAUCCAGACGAGUAGUAGUUUCAAUUUCGCAAAACCAGCACCUCUUCCUUCGUUUGCCGCUACCACAAUGUCGGCGCCGCCGAACGUUUCAUUAUUCGAUAAAAGCGUCGAAAAUAAACCUGCAUUCGGGGCUCCCUCGAAUCUCGUGCCCGUUAAACCUCAACCACACACCGAGGCGUCUUCCGUGCACACUCUAUUCAAAAACCCUUCGAUCAGUUUAACUCCCAUUGCUAAAACGCCGACUGUCCCUGGCGAAAAUCAGAAAUAUUCGCCGAUAUUCUCUGCUCUACAAACGCCGAUUGCGGAGAGCAAACCGGCCGUGGUUAGUUCGCAAACUGUUGCAGUCUCCGAGGCUCCUGAAACUCAAAUUCCGAGAACUCCGAAAAAUAUGGCGCUCGAUGUGACCAAAGGUAAUGUGGAUGUUAAAACGGCGGUUGGAGAAAAGGUUAAGAUCGAAACGGAAGCUUUACUGGCAAAUAUGGUACGAGACGAAUGCCUGGCAUUAGAAUCGGAAUUGAAGGCGUUGCUGCACCAAGGGAGAAAAAUUAAUAUUAACAUUGGUACUGACGAUGAAAAAACGGUUAUGGUAGAAAAAUUGGAGGAUUUGAAAGAGUUCAUUAAAGAAAUCGUUGAUAUUAGCCUAGGAGAAAGCGCGGAAAUUCAUACUCUUAAACAAAACCUUAUUUUAUCGUGGGCUUGGUACGAGGAAGCUCUAUCGAGAUACAAUAUAUCCAAAGAUGAAACUAUGACGACUUUACUAAAGAUACAACCGUUAGAUUCCGCUGCUGAAAAACGACAGAGUGACAUUCGAAAAAUAUUUUACUAUUUGGAGUCUCAGUUGUAUCAAGCCAGUAAAGCUUUAGACGAACAAUGGGAAAAAUUCCAGGACUACGCCAAAAAAUCAUACAAAGUGAAAAUGCCGACUAUGGAAACUAUUUUUCAAUCUCUGGUUCGUCAGAGCGCAAUACUACAGAAGCAGAGUUAUAUUCUAAAGGAUAUAACAAGCCGAUUGAAGUCUAAAAGGCCGUCUACGAAUGCUUCCUUAUUUCUAUCCAUAAAUAACGCAGAUGAAUUGGAAGAAAGUCUUUCACGUCUCCAACUAGACCCCGACGAUGGACACAAAAUACUUUACGAACAAGCAAUCAAACGAAACAAAAAGCAAUCGUCCUCGAAAUGCAAGAAAAUCAGAAAUCUACUGAACAUCGUCGAAGUCACCCACAUAACGGUCGUAAAGCCCCAACUGAACAACUCCAUCUCGUUAAUUAAAUCGCCUACCGCGAAAAACAAGUUGCUCGUUUCGUUGUUGGGAGCGCAAAUGUCUCCGGUUCCGAAGCCAUCGUUUUCUAAGCAAUUGAAUUUCAUGGAAUCGACACCUAUAAAAUUCACGUCUACGACGGUACCGCCGAACACGCCCGCCCAACCAGACACCCAUUCAAAGUUAUUCGCUUUCAAAGGGGGCGAACCGAGAAGCAUCGUCGUACCGUCCAGGGCGAUGUCAUCGGCUUUCGUUUCUACCACCUCUAAACCUUCAUCAGUUUCUUCUUUAACCGACGAUCCUUCUUGCAUAACGAUCAGUAAUCCAUCUCAAUUCGAUUUUAGCGGAAGCAGUACGACCUCGGCCAUUCAAAAGCAGGAAUCCGCUCCUGUAGUUAGCACUUUUACCGGUAAUGCCGCUGUUGGUUUCGUUACUCCGCAACAUUCGAUGGCCUUUAGUAAAUCGACUGUUGAUUCUACGGCACUGUCAUCGGUUAAAUCGGAUGGUAUUGCUUCUUUUUCUUUUGGAAAAUCAUCAUUGCCUGCAACAGCCGAUACCACAUCGACGAUUGUAAAAUACGCUGCUAAGCCGGUCGCAGUUUCGGUUCCUAAAGCGACAAUUCCGGAGAAUAGAAGCGAUAAAACUACUUCAAUUACUAUGAAACCUACUGUUCUUAGUGCUCCGAAUGUUUCGACUAAAACUUCCACUAUUCCGACAAUGAAACCGAUUUCUUUCGGUGCUAGUACUAUAAAACCGACUGAUGUAGCUACAACGACGGCUACCACCACCAGCAAACUGGCGGGUUUCAAAUUCAACGCCGCUACGACGACCACCACGUCUUUGUUCGGUUCCAUUACUUCUCCUACUGUUGUUUCGUCAAUGUUUAGCGCCAAGCCUAUUGUAACAUCCGAUGCAUUCGUCUCUAAAAAAGUCGAUGCCGCCGUUGCUUCAAGUGGAAAUUCGCUGUUUUCGACUAUUCCACCCAAGGCUUCAGAAACUGCCGUCGGUAUUGUAUCGUCUACGGUAACAACUCAAUUCGGUUCCGCUACGGGUACUAAUACUACGAUUUUCAAUACCGAUUUAGCGAAAUCGAAUACAACUUCAAUAUUCGCGACUUCUCCUGCAACCGCAGAGUUACCUAGUUCCUCUGUAUCGGCCAUUGCCAGUCAAAUUUCAUCAUCGGAAACGACUAAACCUUCCAUUUUCGGUCAACCUACGGUUUCGAUAUCGUCUAGUAAUACGGCAAAUGCAAAUUUACCUUUAUUUACGAGUGCUUCAGCUACGUCUCAGACGUCUAUUUUUGGUGGUUCUCCGAAAACUACUCAAUCACCAUCGUUCGGAAGCCUUCCCGUUUCAUCACAAUCUAUUUCGAAGCCCGAUUCGACCAGCGCGCCUAUUUCUAUUUUUAACACUUCAGCUGGAACUGUUGCCAGCACAACGGCUUCUAUCUUCGGAUCGAGUUCUAUUAGUACUGCUACCUCCGCUCCGACUCAACCCGUUUUUGGAGUUAGUAAUGUUAGCGCCGCUUCCUCCGUUGCAUCUCCAUCUAUUUUCGGAUCUAGUAAUAUUGCUGCCACAGCUGCUGCAACAUCUUCGUCAAUUUUCGGUUCUAGUAGUGUUGGUGUUGCUACCACCGCUGCGGCGUCUCCAUCGAUUUUCGGCUCUAUUGGAUCUCUAUUGGCCGCAUCUCCGCCUACUUACGAAUCAUCUACUAGUAGUCAAUCCGUCGUUUCUAGCUCUUCUGCGGCUACUUCGCAACCGUCUAUUUUCGGAGCAACCGACACUAGCGGUCCCACAACGACAACGCAACCGUCUAUAUUCGGCGCGAGCACCACCAGCAGUCCUGCAACUACGGCUCAAUCGAUAUUCGGCUCUGCCACAAACACCACUUCUAUAUUCGGCGGUGCCGCUACAUCUACGCAACCUUCUGUAUUCGGUUCCAAUACAACCGGCGCCCCUGCUUCGGUAUUCGGCGGCAGAACGACGCAAUCGUCGAUUUUCGGUUCCAAUUCUCAAACGUCCGCUUUCGGUGCCGUCUCGCCGACGACUCAACCGUCAUUAUUCGGCGGUACGACCUCUUCGAGCGGUUCGAUCUUCGGUGGUACACCCACCACGCAAACGUCCAUAUUCGGUUCAACCACCACGACGACCCAAUCGUCCGUGUUCGGUACGAAUGUAUCGUCGACUAGUUCCGGUUCGAUAUUCGAUAAUGCAAACGCCAGCCCAGCGUUCGGCGGUGGUUCGGGUUUCGCGCAGUCGAGUUCGAUUUUCGGCGCGAAAACCACGACUAGCAGUUUCGGUAGCCCCAACGCGUUUGGAAUGGUCCAAACGACCACGGCGUUUAAUCAAUCGGCGCCGUUUGGUGGCAACACCGCCUCCGUGUUUGGAGGAACACCCACGACUUCGAGCGGCGUGUUCGGUAAUAAUUUCGGUGCUGUGAGUUCCUCCGGCGGUGCGUUCGGUUCGGCGGCGAAUUCGUCGUUUAGUUUCGCUUCGGCCGGAAAUACCGGCGGUUCGUUAGGAUUUGGCGAUUUGAACGUUGCCAGUUCCCCAACGUCAGGCGGUAGUAUCUUCGGUGGUAGUUCCGGUUUCGGUCAGACGCCUCCUGCGAAUCCUUUCGCUAAAGCCGGUGAACAAAAAUCGCCGUUCGGCGCUAGUCCGAGCAUUUUCGGAACUCCUUCUUCUACUAGUAGUUCUAUAUUCGGUGCGAACGCUGGUGCGAGCGCUUUCGGCGGUACUACGCAAAACGCCUUCGGUUCCCCUUCGGGUUUCGGUCAACCGGCUACUUUUGGACAGAGCACUUUCGGCGGUAGCCCGACGUUCGGGUCGAACGCGUCGGGCCCGUUUAGCGCCGGCGGAGCCGGAGUAGGACAAACCGGGUUCAGUUCGACCAACGUUUUUCAAAAAUCCCCGCAAGGUAGUGGAUUCGGAACGCCCCCGGUGUUCGGUGGUACUCCCAAACCGGCGUUUGGUACGAAUCCGAGUUUCGGAAGUUCGCCCGCUUUCGGCGCCGCUCCUGCUUUCGGGAGUCCUUCUAAAGUUUUCGGAGCGGCAAGUCCAUCAUCGACUUUCGGGCAAUCGACUGAAAACGCGGCUUUUGGGAAUUUGGCCACGCAAAAUACUGUGGGAUUUGGAAGUUUAGCCCAGCAGGCCGCCAAUACGAGUUCGGUUCCAUUUUCUGGGAAUUCUUCGUUCUCAAAUUGGAGAUAAAUUACAUUUUCAAAAAGGUAAAAAAAAAGCCUAUAUUGUAUUCGAUUUUUUUCUUUAUUAAACGUGUUUAUUUUUGAAAAUAUGUACACUAUUGUCACUUCCGCCGGAAACCAUAUACUUUUUAUUCGACCAAUCCACUUUUAAUACCUGACCUUCGUGCCCUUGUAAGUUGUACAAAGGAGCUUUGGAGCUUCUAACAUCCCACAUUUUCACGGACGAAUCGUAACCGCCCGAUAUGAAAAGAUUCGUAUCGUAAUUCGACCAAGCCACGGAACUCACCCACAACGAAUGCGAUGUAAACGUGACUUUACACAAAGAUCCCUCGGAAGAUCUCGGAUCGUACAAUCGUAUGUGCCUGUCAGCCGACGAAGCCAAAAGAGUGUUAUUAAUCGAUGACCACGAUGAACUUAGAUACGCCUUUUGUCCGACGAUUUCGUUUUUUAUGCCGCAAAGCUGAAAAUCUCGGCGUAAGAAUCAUUUCGGCAUAAUAUAAAAUCGAUAAAAACAAUACCUCGGCGUCCCAGAAUUUAAUAGUGUGGUCCAUCGAAACCGUCGAAACGGCAUAAUUGUCUAUCCAAUUAAUCCCGGUGAUGGCCUCCUUGUGGCCCUUCAGGGUGUGCAGAGGGGUUUUCGUAACGAUGUUAUUGGUCGAACGGAUUUUUUUGUGAACGUGUUCGCUCCCAUCGUCGUCUAAAGAAGUCGACCAUAGCUUCAAAUUGGUAUCCCAACCUCCGGUAGCCAAUCUCGCUGUAUUAGGGCUCACUCCUAAGCUAUCUAUGCCCCUUUCGUGGCCCCUGAGUAGAGCUUUCGGGGCUG